CAGACGCUCCAAGCUAGUUUAGCUUUAGCCAACCGGAAAGCUACACAGCCAGGUAGCCAGCCGGGUAUGAGGAAGGGAAGAGAGGGGGAGGCUCUGGUUGCACUCAGGCUCAUUCAUCAGUGUGUCCGUGUAUGGAACAGAUGAUUGCUGAGUGAACUAAAACAGCUGACAGACGCUCAAGAAUUUAAGCGAACUAAUGUUUGAUUCAAACUACCUCGGACGGCUAGCUUUACUUUAGGUGGAGCUAGCUCAGCUGCAGCUUGGGAACAACAGGUAACCUCAGCUCAGCUCAGGUGUACCGGGGGUGGGGGGUUACCAGAACAUGGCCAGCAAUUCCGGACCAGGCUUCACUUUCCAGGCUAAUGGAGAAGACAACCCAAGGCAGGUGUCAGGCUCCGGGAGUUCACGUCGUCACCUCUCCGACUCAGAGUCCGAAAUCUGCCCGACGGCGAAGAGCUUAGCUCGGCUGUGCAGCAGGGACAAAGAGGAGCGGGCCACGGCUCUGGAGGACCUGAGCCAGAAGGUUCUGGUGAAUUUAGGAUUGGACCGACCCGCUUCGGGUCGGCUCAGCAAACAGACGCUUCUUCAUCUGCUUCGGUUGUCCAGAUCGUGUCCGCUUCAGGAGGUUCAGUUGAGAGCAACCGAGCUGCUGCGGACUGCAGAGGAAGAAGGCAUUGAAGUACCACGAGCCUUGGCUUCUGGUCCAAGUGCUUUUAUUCCUGCAAAAGAGAUGAUGACAGAAGGUCCAAAGCAGGAAAUCCUCAUUGAGUCUUUUCUUUCGCUGGGUCAAGUGGACCAUCUCACUAUGGUCAUGGCGCUCCACCCGUCCUAUCUUAGCUGCUUCUUGAGGACCCAGCAUGCUUUGUUUGAAUUGGACGGCCCCUUGCCCCGUGACUGGAGACAUUACAUUUCCAUAAUGGCUGCAGCCCGACACCACUGUUCUUACAAGGUGCAGCAGCACAGCACAGCUUUCCUGGAAGCUGGAGGGGAGGAGAGCUGGCUCAGCGGCUUGGAGCACGUGCCCACCAAGCUCCGCGGCCUCCAAACCCUCAACAAGCUGCUGGCCCACCGACCCUGGCUUAUCACGCAGCAGCACAUCCAGGAGUUGGUGUGCGCCGGCGCCGAGCCGCGUUGGUCCCUUGCUGAGCUGAUCCAUGCCGUGAUUCUGAUGGCACACACUCACUCCCUCUGCUCCUUUGUGUGGGGUUGCGGGUUAAACCCAGAACCGGACCACAUUGGGGGUUACACCUUCCAUCCUCCGUCGCCCGGUCACAUUCCUCGCAGCCCGGCUCAUGAGGAUGGCAGGCAGGAGCUGGUGGACGGAGCAGUGGAGGUGGAGGUGCUGAUGAAGAGAAUGGUGGAGCUGCAGCAGCAGGAAGAGGAGUACACGCAGGAGGAGAUGGUUACUCGAUUUGAAAGGGAGAGGAGCGAGAGCAUACCGACAGCGGUGGUAAGAGGAGCUCCUCCUGAGCUGAUGUUGUAUCUAGUUGAGGAUCCUGAGUUCAGAUAUGAGGACUUUGCCCCUAGAGGAGAGCAAUCACCACCCAUCAUGAGAGCACAGGACUACUCAUGGGAAGACCACGGCUUCUCUCUGGUCCAGAGACUGCUGCCAGACAUGGGCCAGUUCCUGGAUGAGGAAUUCCAGGUUGUGAGCAACUUGACCUAUCACAGGAUGGCCAUGCAUGAAGGCGUGGACACUUAUACUCUGAGAAAAGCUCUGUGGAACUACAUCCACUGCCUCUACGGCAUACGUUACGAUGAUUACGACUACGGCAGUGUGAAUGUCCUUUUGGAGCGCGCUCUAAAGGUAUUUGUUAAAACCAUGGCCUGUCACCCCGAGCAGACCACUGCACACAUUUACCAUGCCUUCUGGAGACACUUCAGACACUCCGAAAAGGUUCACGCCAACCUAAUAGUGAUGGAAGCUCGGCUACAGGCUGCCCUUCUCUAUACUUUACGAGCCAUUACGUACUACAUGAGAUGACUCUGUUGCACAUCUUCUUGCAGAUGUUGAGCCCGCUGUGACGGAUAAACUUAUGCUCGCACACUACAGUGAAUGUUUGCAGAUUCAUAUCGUAUGUUUCAGUGUUAAAUGUUUUUUGAUGGUGCUUUGCAACGUGGAUGUAUUUAAAAACAGGUUACCUCUUUUGCACUGAAUAUGUCAAGAUUUGAAUUCCCAAUGGAGCGUUGUGAUUUAACUUGCACACAUGUCUGUAAAGUCUACAUGCUACACGCCUGAUUAUGGCAGGACGGUUUAUGCAUUAGUAAAUCAAUGAUUUUUUUUUUUUUUUUUUGAGGGGGUGGAUUUUUGAUUUUUAAUUAACACUCUUCUCAGCAAAAUCAUCAAGCCUCUGGUUAUUUUUUUUUGCAGUACUACAAGGCUAAGCUAAAACAAGAAUAUCUUGUAUUUUUAUAAGCAAUAAAGUUACUUUGUUAAUGAUAAAA